CCUAGUUUCUUACACAAUUUUCUUCUCAAAAGUACACCCAAAACUAUGAACCUUAAUCUUCCUCCAAUCAAUAAUCCAUCAUCAUCGAUAACAACAACAACAUCAUCGUCAACACCAUACGGAUUAACGAAGGAAGAGUUCUCAACACUAGACUCCAUCAUCCGAACACACCACACGUUCCCAAGAUCGCCAAACACGUGCACAUCUCUCAUUGCACACCGCGUAGACGCACCGGCACAUUCCAUAUGGCGAUUCGUCCGAGACUUCGCGAAUCCGAACAAAUACAAACACUUCAUCAAGAGUUGCACCAUCAGAGGUAACGGUAACGGCGUCAAAGAGAUUAAAGUUGGGACCAUAAGGGAAGUUAGCGUGGUCUCUGGUCUUCCAGCGUCAACAAGCGUUGAGAUACUCGAAGCUCUUGACGAAGAGAAACGGAUCUUGAGUUUUCGUGUUCUUGGAGGAGAACACCGGUUAAAUAAUUACCGGUCGGUUACAUCGGUUAACGAGUUCGUCGUCUUGGAAAAAGAUAAGAAGAAAGUGUAUAGUGUGGUUUUGGAGUCUUACAUUGUUGAUAUACCAAAAGGUAACACGGAAGAAGAUACGAGGAUGUUUGUGGAUACUGUCGUUAAAUCAAAUCUACAGAAUCUCGCCGUCGUUUCCACGGCUUCUCCGACCUGAAAGUUUUUGGGUUGAAAAUGUCUCGUGUGUGUAUAUAUAUAUAUAUGUUGAUAUAUGUUGAUAAUGGACCAUAAAUGGGCCGAUUAUUUGUUCAGUGGAUGUGCAUGUGUGGAAUGUGAGGUGUGUAUAUAAAACUUAUGGGCUGUA